AUGUUCGCUCAAGAACAAAAGGAUAACCGCGUCCAAGUGACAGAGGCAUCCACUGAUGGUGGUGGCUACGAUGGAGAUGAGCAGCGCAAUCCCCGGAAUUGGCGCCCUUGGAAAAAGCGUCUGAUGUUCUUUGCGCUCAUGUCAAGCUCUAUUCUAGCUGAUGGGGGCAUGACUUGGGGCGCCACUCUGAUCGUUCCCCAGGCCUUAGAAUGGGGCAUCACCAUCGAUAAGACCGCGACAACCAUGAACUACGGCAUACUGCUUCAAGGAGUUGGUGGUUUGAUGGCUAUUCCUUUCAUUGAAGCCUACGGCCGGCUUCCAGUGUGGCUCUGGCCUCAAUUCAUCACUACCUUCUUGGUCCUGGGAGCUACUCUGUCUAACAAUUAUGGUGUCUUCACUGCCUUUCGCUCCCUUCAAGGUCUCUUCGGUACCGUGCCGCAGGUGGUAGGUCUCCCAAUCAUCCACGACAUGUAUCCCCCUGAAGAGUGGUCGCAGAUGAUCAAUAUCUGGGGAACGACAUUCCUUGUGGGACCGUUCCUUGGGCCCGCGCUGGCCGGCUAUAUCGGCGCGGGGAGUACCUGGAAAGUCUCAUUUGGGAUCCUCACGAUUUUCUACGGCCUUUCCACCCUUCUAAUCUUUCUAUUCGGAUAUGAAACAUAUUUCCUGCCCGGGCGUCAAUGCCAGCGCAACAGUCGCCUGCUGUCGAUGGUAGGCGUCAAGAACCAUAAUCUCCCCGCCGGACCGACCCUGCUCUUCUGGUGCCAGACCCUGGUAGUGUUUAUCUUCAAGACCCCUCUGCUGCUGACUGGCAUUGCGACCAUGGUCAAUUUCUGCUGGCCUAUCGGCAUUACAGUCACCGUCUCCACUUUCGUGGCCGAGCCCCCGUAUCUCUUCAACACCGUCCAGUCGUCCUCCCUGCGAUGGGCUGCCAUUAUCGGUGCGCUUUUGGGCUGGGUGUAUGGGUACUGGUUUAACAACUGGGUCACUCGAUCCAGCCCGAAGACAUACUACACAGAGAAACGGCUUCACGGAGUCUGGGCUGCGAUUGUCACCAUGGCCUGUGGUCUUCUGACCUAUGGCUUCACCUUGAACUAUGGUAAGCACUGGAUUGGGCUGGCAUUUGGGUGGCUGAUGGUGGUCGCGGGCAUGGUGGCCAGUACUGUAUCCAUCACGGCGUAUGCUCUAGAGAAAUACCCCGAGCAGUCCACCGUCACCUCUGCGAUCAUCAACGCGUGGCGCACUGCCAGUGGAUUCUCCGUGGGUUAUUUCCAGCCUGCCUGGAUUCAGCGCGAUGGGAUUGCUGCUGUGUUUGGGACUCAGGCUGCUGUCGUGGUGGCGAAUCUCAUUCUUACCAUAACCCCGGUAAUUGUCAUGGGGAAGCGACAGGCUAAGAAGAAGGGAGGGUCGUCUUGAUAUCUUGU